AUUUUCUCAAAUUUUGUAUGACAGAAACCAUUGAAAAUCUUCGAGACUUCAAUUAUUACUAAUUAUCAAAAGAUAUCAAUAAAACAGUAGUAUUAGCAGAGUAUAUUUGGAUAGAUGGAACAGGAGAAUCGCUAAGAUCAAAGACAAAAGUAAUUCACACGUGUAAAAUAUUUAGGUUUAUUAAACUCAAAUUAAAACCCUUGAAGAUUUAGAGUGGUGGACAUAUGAUGGAUCAUCAACGGAUCAAGCGGUGACGAGAUUUUCUGAAAUUUAUUUAAAACCAGUUAGAGUAGUUAAGGAUCCCUUCAGAGGAGAUCUAUAUUCUUGUAUUAUGUGAAACAUACCUCCCAGAUAAAAAAACGCCAGCAAGAUAUAACUUUAGGUAAUAAAAAAGCUAAAUUAAUUUUUUUAGAUGGAUUGCAAAUUAAA